CGGAACAGUGAAAAAAUACCGUUCUGUAGUGACAUUUUCCAAUUUCCACAUGAAUUCAUUCAGUGCCGGUCUGAUCUCGCGAUGUUUCCGCGUGACUCACCGCGAGAAGUGGGCAGGCAAACAAAAAUGGUGGCUCGCUGUUCAUCCAUGUGGCUCCCGGUGUCCUGAAGAACCCAGCUUUUCUUUCUUUUUUUCCUCUGGUAGCUUAGCAAAAGAAAAACAUUGUCACGUAACUUAUUAAUAAAAGUAGUGAAACUUGGAGCGGCUCGGCGAACAACAACAACAACAACAUGCAGCACGACGACCUAAUUUGGGACAUUAUCGGCAACAAACAGUUCUGCUCCUACAAAGUCAAGACCAAAACACAGAGUUUCUGUCGCAAUGAGUACAACAUCACGGGUUUGUGUAACCGCUCGUCGUGUCCGCUGGCUAACAGCCAGUAUGCCACCAUCAGGGAAGAGAAAGGGCAGUGUUUCCUGUACAUGAAGGUGAUUGAGCGAGCGGCGUUUCCUGCCAAAAUGUGGGAGAAGGUCAAGCUGAGCAAGAACUACGAGAAGGCUCUGGACCAGAUCGACGAGAACCUGAUCUACUGGCCUCGCUUCAUCCGCCACAAAUGCAAACAGCGUUUCACAAAGAUCACGCAGUAUUUGAUACGCAUGCGGAAGCUGGUCCUCAAACGACGGAGGAAGCUGGUCCCGCUGAGCAGGAAGGUGGAGCGGCGGGAGAAGCGUAAAGAGGAAAAAGCUCUGAUCGCCGCCCAGCUGGACAACGCCAUCGAGAAGGAGCUGCUGGAGAGACUCAAACAGGGAACGUACGGCGACAUCUACAACUUCCCCAUCCACGCCUUCGACAAAGCUCUGGAGAAGCAGGACGAGGAGAGCGAGGCCGAGUCGGAGACGGACCAGGAGGAAGAAGAGGAGGACGAUGAGGACGUCGGAAAGAGAGAGUUUGUAGCGGAGGAAGACGUGGACGAGAGCGACCUCAGCGACUUUGAGGACAUGAACGACCUGCGGACGAGCAGCGAUGAGGAGGGGCAAGAUGAGAUGUCCACCGAAGACGAGGGGGAGGAGAUGGAGGAGGAGGAGGACGAGAUGAAGGCAUCGCGCUCCAAAGGCAAAUCUCCCGCCAACGGUUCCGCCGCCAGGAAGAAGCGAGCGUACGUGGAGAUCGAGUACGAGCGGGAGACGGAGCCGCCCGCCAAGAGCGCAGCCACGUAGCGCGGGGCAGUCGCCGUGACAACUGUGACAUCACAACAAAAACUCUUGUGCUCGGCGUGAUUGGAAUCACGUAACCUGACAGCUCAUCACUUUUCCAAUAAAACUCAGUUCUGUAGUUAGCCCCUUUCUUCAGGAAUGAACGAACCACCAACUAUGGUCACUAGGUGGCAGUAAUGACACAGCAUUGAUACACUACUUUAGUGCCGUUCCUUUUUCUGACUCACUAAAGUGAUGCUACUUCAUUCAGACAGAACAUGUGCAAGAAGUUGUGAAUUGUGCUCUUUUAUUCACUUGUCCCUCAUUUAAUCACACCCUGAUAUGUUACCUGAUUUCCUUUUUCUAUUUUGCUAGCAGUAGCUGGGGUUAAGUGAACGAAUUAACUCAGACGAGUACCCGUGAGUCCCAAUACAGUGAAACACUUGAGUUUUGAACGACUCGUUCAAUCACAUUUCUACAUUACGUUUACGGGGUCAUGAAAGGUUAUAUUACCCUUAGCACUGCAUGAACCAAGAUAUAAUACAAUACUGGAGAAAAAACAAUUAA